CCUGGCUCUUCAUUGGGAGAAAGUUUGAUUCGCUGUUAAACGGCCGCUGCAGCAGCAGCAGCGGCAGAGCUGCAGCGUCGGUGGGGCCUGGCAAGUUCCUUGUCCCCCUUGGGUGUUUGGGCGAAGGAGAGUUCCAGGACCGCUGGAGAGGGCGGAGAGGAGGAACCCCAGGUCGGGGGAGCGCGGAGGCGGCUGGAGACAGAUUGGAACCCCGGUCGGUGAAGGCAGAGAAAAGGCUGGAGGGCCCACGACAGCAAGGGAGACGCACACCCCGUAAGGAGGUGGCCUCUGUCUGUUAACCCUUCUAGAUCCUCUAUCAGAACAUCCACAUAAUAACAUACGGACAAAGCAAAUAAAACGGAAGAAAAAAGAUAGGCAGGGCCUUGGUACAAUGAGUGGAAAGUGCAGCUUCCUUAUACCAAGGCAGUAUACCAGACUUAGUGUGUUAAAUGAUCUCAAUUUGUUGGCUAGACAGGGAGGGAAUCCCGGGGGGGGCUGUAUCCCCAAGAGCAAAAGCUCCUCCAUUCAAAGUCCCUUUCAUUCUCAUUUGGGAGUAAGUACCAAAGCACCGCAUGGGUGGCCCCCUUGGAUAUCUUGUGAUCCCCCUCCGCCUUUGCAAAUUUGGUUGAAGAGUUUUCCCAGGGCAGGGCACACAGGAGGCCUGUUCAGCUGAUCCAUCCAAAUCAAGGAGGAGAGCUACCUCCCCCACCCCAGCGAGGCUAGGACACCUAUCCCUGAGAUGCAAAAGGGACGUUUUAAGUGAAUAGAAACUGCUACUGAAAACUGGCAAUCUUUUAAUGAAAGGAAUCAAACUUGGAAGACCUUGACUGAAAGUAAAUAACCAUGUUUUAUUAAAAGGGUAAAUAGGUGAAGAGAACAAUCCAAAUGCCUACAGGGCAGAGCAGCCAACCCCCACAUCCAUAUUCCAUCACUCAUGCUGGCUGAGAUGAAGGUUAAGUUAGUCCUUCCUUAAUUUAUGAUGACAAUCCCAAAAAUGUUGAGUCUUUGUUUCUUCCGCCACAUUGCACCCAAAGAUCUUUGCAUUUCCUUAUCAUAGCCAGGUCAUUAACUCCUGGAACUGCAGCGUUCCAAUUUCAUUUAAUAAGCAACAAUAUAGCUCACGUUUAACUCUGAAAGGGAGACAGUUCAAAAAAUAAGCAAAUCUAUCAAGAGAUGAAAGGAAUAACAUUUCAUUCACAAUUAAACCAAAAUUCUGUAUUCAAGGAGAGGCUUGGAAAAGUUCAGAGAUAAGUUAGGGAGUAUAGGAUCUUAUAUUAAGUUAAACAAUUGUUCCAUCUACCUCAGUAUUGUCUGCACUGACUGGCAGAGUCUCUCCAGGAUUACAGGCAAGGAGUCUUUUCCAGCCCUGCCUGGAGAUUCAACGUGGGACCUUCUGUAUACAAAGCAGCUGCUCUACUACUUGAGCAUCUCUCCUGCUCUGCCAGCCUUUGGCCUAGGCAUAGUGAUCCCUAUUUGGCUUCUCUCAUAGAAUAAGUGGAUGUGCUCCUUCUGAACGUGGCCUCAGAAUGCUGAAAACCAUUCCCAGAAUCAGAGAAGGGAUGAGGACCCCGUGAAAGACCAAGAGAUCAAAUAUGGAACAGCAAGACCCAGCUACCCCUGAAGCAGGACUUGGCCCUGAUGCCAUCAAGACUGGGACCUGUGUGGAGGAAUUCCUGGGGGGAAAUGUGCAGAAGAUAUGGGGGAGAACCCCCUCAGCUCAGAUGUGCAGCACCAGCAGUUCCGGCGUUUCCGCUACCAAGAGGCUGAGGGCCCCCGAGAGGCUUGCAGCCGACUCCACCUUCUUUGCCGUGAGUGGCUGAAGCCAGAGCGACACACAAAGAACCAGAUCCUGGACCUGGUGAUCCUGGAGCAGUUCCUGGCUGUCCUGCCCCCAGAGAUGGAGAGCUGGGUAAGGGAAUGUGGGGCCGAGACCAGUUCCCAGGCUAUAGCCCUGGCAGAAGGUUUCCUCCUGAGCUGGGCAGAGGACAAGAAGCAGGAAGAGCAGCAGGGAAAGGGUCUCUAUGCAGAAAUAGGAACUGAUUUCCCUGAGGCAGAGAGGACACCAUCGGACCCCAGGCAGAGGCUUCUGGGGGAUGGAGUCAUGUCAGCAAGACCUACUAAAUCAUCUCCACUUUCUGGUGGAGGAGAAGCUGUUGCUAUCGCCCCAGAUCAGGAUCCAGUGUCUUUGGAGGAUGUGGCUGUGAAUUUCACAGAAGAGGAGUGGACUUUAUUGAAUCCUGACCAGAGAGCUCUACACAGUGAAGUCAUGGGGGGGAUUUGUGGGACUCUGUCCUGUCUUGAAGAUGACAAGAGGAAAGCCAAGAGGAAGGGAGAACUAUGUGGGAAAGAGAGACGGGAAAGAGACAGAUCUGAAAAAAGGGAAGAGCAGAGAAGGAAUCCUAAAGCAGAAGAGAAAAGGAGGAAGAAAUCUUGCGCUUCUCAGGGCAGUGGCUACCAUAAAACUACCAUCCGAGAAAAAACUGAUCAAAGAAGGAAAAGAAAUAAAUAUUUUCGUUGUUUGAAAAAUCUGAAUUCUAAAAGAAAAUGUAAAGCCUACUACAAAAACCAGAAAAGGGAGAAACCAUAUCAAUGUUUGGAAUGUGAAAGGAGGUUUAGUUACAAGGCAAGUCUCAUUUUGCAUCAACGAAUUCAUGCUGGAGAGAAACCAUAUAAGUGCUUAGAAUGUGGAAAGAGCUUCCAUCAGAAGGCACAUCUGACUUCCCAUCGAGGAAUUCACACCGGAUUGAACCUAUAUAAGUGCUUAGAAUGUGGAAAGAGCUUCAGCAAGAAAAAACAUCUCACUUCCCAUCAAAGUAUUCACUUGGGAAGAAACCAUGUAAGUGCUUGGAAUGUGGAAAGAACUUCCGGUGGAAACACCUACUCACUGCCCACCGAAGAAUUCACACUGGGCAGAAACCGUAUGAGUGCUUAGAAUGUGGAAAGAGCUUCAGCAGGAAAAAACAUCUCACCCCAUCAAAGUAUUCACACUAGGGAGAAACCAUAUGAGUGCUUAGAAUGUGGAAAGAGCUUC